AUGAUGAUGUCGUCGUUGUCGUCGACGACGACGGCUCCGACGGCCAGCGCCGUUGACGCCGCCGCCGGGACGGGCUCGUCGGCUCUCACGGUGACGGCACUAAUAGUGGCAUGCGCAGCGCUCGCGCUGAUCUUGGUGCUCAUGUGCGCGUUGGACCUGCCGUAUUUCUUCCGGUCGCUGUUCAGUUACGUGGCGGCGACGUGCAUCAAGAAGAAGCUCCGGGUCACCGACACGGCCGUAUACUCGUCCGUGUGCCUGACCACCGACCUGGACGUAUACCUGACGCACAUGAACAACGCUCGGUACCUGCGCGAGAUCGACCUGGCCCGCAUCGAGUUCCUGCUGCGCACCGGCCUGUGGCAAGAGCUCCGUCGCCGGGGCGGCCUCAUAUUCACCAUAUCCAACAGCGUCCGGUACCGCAAGUUCGUGAGGACGUUCAGCCGGUACGAGAUCCGCACCAGGAUCGUGUACUGGGACGACAUGUCCAUUUUCUUCGAGUUCCGGUUUGUGUCCAAGGCUGACGGUUUCAUCCGGGCCAUCGUGUACAAUCGGCAGCGGGUGGUCGACUGCAGCGCGGAUGAGCUGAUGCGCACCGUCAUCGGUGGCGGAGCGUCGGCGGCCGCCAAGACCGCGGACGCCGACAACGCGUACCGGCGACCCGAGUGUCCCAUCGAGAUACAUCACUGGAUUCAGUCCAACCUCAUGUCCAGCGCCAUCCUCAAGGCCGAGAUGGGCGACGGCGACCCGCUGUAG